AUGAAGCUCACAGCUCUGUUUGUGGCGCGUUAUGGGAUGCGUUUUUGGUGGGGUUUGAUGAAGAAAGUAGAUAAGAAACCUCAGUUUAAGUUUAUGGAGCCAAGUGAUGGCAAGUUCAGUGUUUAUAAUCGGAUUCUUGUAGCGUAUGAAGGAGUAAUAUGGGCUUGCGAUAAUGUUUGCACAGCGACCGUUCUUGGUGCUUUUUUCCGCUGUCUUCAAUUGGAGAUGCUGGAGGAGGGAACUGAGACGGAUAUGAUUGAUUUGCAUGCUUUUGUGAGUGGUGUUGCCUGGUUUGGUCAAGUGGAGGAUGACGACUAUUCUACUUUCAUGCCACAUCCUCAACUCCUUUCAUUAAUGUCGAACCGGCUGAUUCCGGGAUCUCGUCUUUUUUAUCCUUAUCCUUCAAUGGGGAUGAUGCAACCUGCACCACCUAUGCCUGGAAUGUCUCCUCACCCACCACAGGAGGAACCAGAGCCAAAGAGACAAAAGUUGCAAGAGUCAGCUCUUGUUCCACAAGACCGCUUUAUCUCUCAACACCCGUCACACAUUUUCAGGGUCCCUCUAGGGUCAGGAGGAGCAGGUGGGAUUGAGAUCACAGUGCAGUCGUUAUGGGAAAAAAGUGGCAAGUUUGAAGGAGAAAAUAUCAGCGAGGUAGUGGAGACAUGA